UCCAGAGGCGGUAUUGCGAGACUCGGAGCACAGUGAAAAAUCCCAGUCUCCAGAAAGCUAGAGAGAGAAAGAGAGAGGAGGAAGAGAGAGAAGGAGAGAGAUGGGAAGCGAUAGCGAAGUAGAGAAGUCGGCGCAGAAGGAGAGGGAGAAGAAGAAGAUGCAGGCUCUUGCUCCGAUCGCCAAACCCCUCGCCGGAAAGAAGCUCUGCAAACGAACCCUCAAGCUCGUCCGUAAAGCUGCUGAGCACAAAUGCUUGAAGAGGGGAGUGAAGGAAGUGGUGAAAAGCAUCCGGCGUGGUCAAAAGGGGUUCUGUGUUAUAGCUGGUAACAUUUCUCCUAUCGAUGUGGUUACUCAUGUUCCAAUCUUAUGUGAAGAGGCUGAAAUUCCAUAUGUUUACGUGCCUUCAAAAGAAGAUCUUGCAAAUGCCGGUGCCACCAAGAGGCCAACCUGCUGUGUCCUGGUGACAACUAAGCCUAACAAAGGGGAACUAUCCAAAGAGGAUCAAGAUAAAAUAAAGGCAAUUCACGACGAAGUUGUAGGAGAGGUCAAAGAACUUCACGCGAACCUUUUCUGAAUGCUGGACGGAUUACGUGCCCUUGUACCGAAUAUCUUGUUUGAGGUUUUUUCUUUUGCGGCCUCUGAAAGCUGUCGUUGUACUUCAUGUUAGAAUGUGUUUGGUUUGUGUAACUAUUGAAGUCGAACGCUAUGCGGAAUUGAUUUAGAUAUGAGAUCACAAGUUAGCCA